AUGUCGCUCCCGCUUCGCAAGGCGACCCUCCGCCGCCUCAAGAACUACCUCCGCCAGAUGGACAAGGUCAAGACCCUGGCCGAGAAUGCCAUCGUCGUCGAGGAUGACUGGGGCCCUGAGAAGGAAUCUCCAGAGGAGACAUCUGCCAAGCCUGAAAGGAAGGAUGGUACCGAUGCUCAGACUGCCGAGGGUGGUAAGCCGUCACCCCAAACUCACUUUCGUGUUGGAACACAAAAGUGCUCACAUCCAUGUCAUCAAGACUCUCAAGCCGACCCAAAUGAUUCCUUCAACGACUCGUCUCCUGACCAUAGCGACGACGACGACGACGACGACACCGAGUCCCCAGGCACGACCGCUCCGUCGACCCCGAGUGGCACCCGGCCUUCUAGCCCGACCUCGGACAAGUCCGAGCACUCGUCCUCUUCGUCUUCGGACUCCACCUCCAGCGCCAGCGCCAGCGCCAGCGACGACGACAGCAAGCUGCCUGCCCUCAAGAAGAAUGACGACGAGCAGUGGGUCGUCCGGCGCUCCGAGCUCGACAAGCUCCGGAAGUACCACAAGGCCCUGACCAGCAUCACCGGCUCCUUGUACAAGGGCAUCUCGCGCGUCUACGCCGCCGAGGACGAGGUCUUCAACCGCCGCCACUACGCCGCGCGCGUCUCGGGAGGCCGCUGGCCGGUGCCCGUCGAGGUCAAGCGCCAGGCCAACGCCUGGGCCUACGACGGCCGCAGCCCGCUGUACAUGGGCUGCACCGCCGAGGAGUGGCUCGAGGAGGAGGAGGAGGAGAGGCGGCAGCAGGAGGCGUGGAUGGAGAGCACCUCGUACGACUACGAGUACCGGUGGGACGACGAGGACAACUGGGACGACGAGGGCCGGCGGGUGCACAAGAUUUGA